AUGCAUGCCCUGCACCCAGGAGAAGCUCUGGCCCAGUGUGGAAAGAGCUUCAGUCAGGGUAGCACCCUUACGGUGCAUCAAAGAAGUCACACAGGGGACAAACCUUAUAAAUGUUUGGAGUGUGGAAAAAGCUUCAGUUGGAGUAGCUACCUGACUUUGCAUCACAGAACUCACACAGGGGACAAGCCUUAUAAAUGCUUGGAGUGUGGAAAGAGCUUCAGUCAGAGUGGCCACCUUACUUUGCAUCACAGGACUCAUACAGGAGACAAACCUUAUAAAUGCUUGGAGUGUGGAAAGAGCUAUACGUGUCGUAGCCACCUUACUUCGCAUCAAAGAACUCACACAGGGGACAAACCUUAUCAAUGCUUGGAAUGUGGAAAGAGCUUCAGUCAGAGUGGCAACCUUACUUCGCAUCACAGGACUCAUACAGGAGAGAAGCCUUAUAAAUGCUUUGAGUGUGGAAAGAGCUUCAGUGACAGUAGCGCCCUUACUUCGCAUCACAAAACUCAUACAGGGGACAAACCUUAUAAAUGCUUGGAGUGUGGAAAGAGCUUCAGUCGGAGUGGCCACCUUACUUCGCAUCACAGAACUCAUACAGGGGAGAAGCCUUAUAAAUGCUUUGAGUGUGGAAAGAGCUUCAGGGUUACUAGCAACCUUACGGUGCAUCACAGAACUCAUACCGGGGAGAAACCUUUUAAAUGCUUGGAGUGUGGAAAGAGCUUCAGUGACAGUAGCGCCCUUACUUCGCAUCACAAAACUCAUACAGGGGACAAACCUUAUAAAUGCUUGGAGUGUGGAAAGAGGUUCAGUUGGAAAGGCCACCUUACGGUGCAUCAAAGAACUCACACAGGUGACAAGCCUUAUAAAUGCUUCGAGUGUGGAAAGAGCUUCUGUCAGAGUGGCCACCUUACUUUGCAUCACAAAACUCAUACAGGGGACAAACCUUAUAAAUGCUUGGAGUGUGAAAAGAGCUUCAGUCGGAGUAGCAACCGUACGGUACAUCAAAGAACUCACACAGGGGACAAACGUUAUAAAUGCUUCGAGUGUGGAAAGAGCUUCAGUCGGAAAGACCACCUUACCUCGCAUCACAGAACUCAUACAGGGGAGAAACCUUAUAAAUGCUUUGAGUGUGGAAAGAGCUUCAGUGACAGUAGCGCCCUUACUUCGCAUCACAAAAUUCAUACAGGGGACAAACCUUAUAAAUGUUUGGAGUGUGGAAAGAGCUUCAGUCAGAGUAGCCACCUUACUUCGCAUCACAGAACUCACACAGGAGACAAACCUUAUAAAUGCUUCGAGUGUGGAAAGAGCUUCAGUCGGAAAGACGACCUUACCUCGCAUCACAGAACUCAUACAGGGGACAAACCUUAUCAAUGCUUGGAGUGUGGAAAGAGCUUCAGUCGGAGUGGCCACCUUACUUCGCAUCACAGAACUCAUACAGGGGCGAAGCCUUAUAAAUGCUUUGAGUGUGGAAAGAGCUUCAGUGACAGUCGCACCCUUACUUCGCAUCACAAAACUCAUACAGGGGACAAACCUUAUCAAUGCUUGGAGUGUGGAAAGAGCUUCAGUCGGAGUAGCCACCUUACUUCGCAUCAAAGAACUCACACAGGAGACAAACUUUAUGCAUGCUAGUAGUGUUGAAAGACUUUUUGUCAGAAUGGCUACCUUCAGGCACAUCAAAGCAUCCGUACAAGGGAAGAGAUGUAUAAAUGCUUUGAAUGUGGAAGAAGUUUUAAGCAGAGUUCAACUCUUUCUCUGCAUCGAAGGAUCCAUAUGGAGAAGCCGGGCUACCAACAGGAGUUUUAUGGGGAAUUUCAGACCCCUGAGAAUCUUCUUCUCUUAGCUUAACCACAGACUGUUCCACUUCCCUUCACCAGACAUCUUGGUGGCCUGUCAGUUUCUUCUUUGCAGAGAUGGAGAGGUGUUGGCUUUUACAGAGAUGGGUGAGCACCCAAGAUGGAUGCUGAGGCCAAGGUGGCUGCAGAAGCCAAAAUGGCCUCUCCGUUGUCCAGUUUUUCCCCAUCGUAUCCCCCCCCCGGCAUUUUCUAGCUGCCAAAUUCAAUAUUCAAUUAAUGACAUUUCAUGUAUUACUUUAUCUACUUCCUCUACAUCCUCCUCCUGUCAUUGUUAUCUCCAUGUUCAUCAUUUAAACAUCAGUUUUUGCGAUGGAGUUAGUAGUCUUUGUCACACAGUGUCUAAUACACCACAAAACCAACUGGACUAUUACAUAUAUGAGCAUAAACAAGCAUAAUCCCAUUAUAACAUAUUUUAGCAGAUUUUUUACUAGGCCUCCUAGCCAUCCACCUGGAUCCGGUUGCCAUCCCCACCAACCAAAUCGCUACUCCGGUCAACAUAAGGUACUUCUGCUAUUUUCUUAGCAUGAUAUAUUAUGGAGUUGGCAUGGGACUCAAUCUCUCCAGAUGAACUGUAGGAACAACUUUCGCUCCCAAUGAUGUCCAGCCCCAUCCUUUUUGGGAGAACCGUUUUCCUUAUUUGGGUUUGGGUUGCCUGUAGGGUCUUUAUAGCCUUAGGGGCCACAGGAAGAGCUUCUUUGGUCUCAUUUGCAAGAAUUUCCACUGCAGAUUGAAGUCUCAAUACUCCAGAACGUACGGCGGCCAUGCCAGCCAAGGGCCGGAAAGACCACCCUAUUACUGAGCCCAUUGUUAAGGGCCUGUGGUUUUCUAUGUCCCAUUGUGCAGAAUGGCAAGCAGGUUUUGAUUUCUCUCUUUUUUCUCUGAUUGGUGAGGCUCUGUUGUUGCUGAUUCUAACAACUGGGAGUACCUGAGUGACCCUGACAGCUGGUAUAAGCCAGGCAACAUAGCAGGAGCCAAUGCAAUAUUUUGGCAAUACUUUAUAGGCUUUAUCUCCACAGCCCCAAUAAUGUCCAACUAGAGCUUCCCAUGGGCCUUUGUGGAAGGGGGAAAGACCAGGUUUUCCAUGGUUGAACUUACGGAACCUUUGAUAGUAGUGGCCAGCUAUUCUCCACCAAAGGACACCACCAUCUGGAUCAUGAGGGUUUCCAUAUUCAGUUUGUCAUCUGAUAGUCCUCACUUUGCCUUUUAGUUCACUGUUUCCCAAUUAAAAAAAAAAAACUUUUUUGCACCUGCACACGCAGCGGUAAGACCCCUAUAUUCUUUUCACUUUUUCCAAGCUCUGCCUCUAAAACCUCCCCCUAUCAACGAAUUGGUCAGCAAAAAAAUGACGUAUGCUCCUCUCCCCCUUUCAAUGAAGCACAAUAUGGCUGUAAAGGAGUUCACCCCGCAGAAGGAAAGGGAGGGGGGGUCGGUUUCAGCCUGCCUCCAGAAAGCUUUGUCAAUUUCAUUCUACUUGGUGGGGUCUUUGCUUCAAAUCAUUUCACCGCAGGAAGGAAAGGGAGAAGGGAGGGUGACACUUUCUUGCUUUUUUGGAGAAAUAAGUGCAAUUGCCAGCUUGUGUAUCUCCUUAAAUAUCCAUAAAGGCAGAAAAGCAUACAUUCCUUUAAGCGUAAUAUGGCAAAUACAAACAAGAAAGGGGCUGCUGCUCGGUUUCAUGCCUGCCCCUGGAAAGCUUUGUCAAUUUCAUUCUACUGGCAUACAUUCCAUGUCACCCCCCUCUUUCUCCCUUUCCUUCCCACAGAGAAAUGAUUUGAAACAAAAAACACAGCCAGCAGAAUGAAAUUGACAAAGCUUUCCUGAGGCAGGCGUGAAACCGACCAGAAGCCCCUUUCUCGCUUGCUGUGCAUUGCAGA